AUGCUGGAAGCGCAAGCUGUUCUUGGGAGAAAAGAGAAGAAGAAGGGAUCCUUUUUCCGAGAGAGAGAGAGAGAGAAGAGAGAGAGAGAGAGGGAGAUGAGAGAUGGAGCAAAGAAAAGAGCUCGCGAGCGCUUUGAAAGCGUCCAACAGCUCAAAAAGAGCGUUGUUUCGCAACUGGGCGUUGUGAAGACAGGCGCGUGCCCUAAAAACAGAGGGACACUGGAUUUGCGUUGCAAUGUGAGCGAUGGCGGUGGAUUCCAGCGCCAGGGCCAGGGCGCGGGCAAUCGAAACGAGGUCAGUCACUGGAAAUCUAGCCGCCGCGGCAAUGCGGCGGCGCUGCUGGCGGCAUUGAAGGCCGCGAGCAGAGCCAGAGACAUCGAGCGCGGCCGCCAGGCGCAUCUGGAAGCCAUCCAUGGCGGGCUGGAUUCCAGCGUUUUCGUGGCGAGCUCGCUCAUCGAUAUGUAUGCCAAAUGCGGGAGAAUGGAGGAGGCUAGGGCUGUGUUUGAUGGGAUUCUCCACCGUGACGUGGUUUCUUGGAGCUCCAUCAUUCUUGGCUACGCACAGAACGGGCAAGGGGGGGUUGCGCUCGAGCUCUUUGUUGAAAUGCAGCGUGCCAAGGCGGAGGAUCCUUCUUAUCCGCAGGCUCCGAAUUCCCAGACUUUCGUGGCUGCGAUCAGAGCUUGUAGCAGCAUGAUCAACGAGAAGAAGGAAGGAAAAGUUCGCGAGGAUCGAAUGGCUUGUCUGGAGAAAGGCAUGGCCAUCCAUGCUCGAGCUCGGCUGGUCGGAGUGGACACGGAUGGUUUCGUAGCAUGUAGCUUGGUGGACUUUUACGCGAAGUGUGGAAGCAUGGUGACUGCUCGCUGGGUUUUCGAUCGAGUGGACGAUCGCAGCUACAGUGACUUGGUGCUGUGGACUGCUCUUAUCUCAGGCUAUGCACACAAUGGUGACGGCGAUAUCGCUCUAGAGAUUUUCGAGCAAGCGAGUGCCUUCUUCGAUGCGAGCUCUUCUUCUCAGAGUUAUUCGACCCGGACGAUUUUCUUAGCGGCCGUGAAGGCUUGCACAAGCAUAGCAGCAAAAGAAGAAGUCACAGACAAGCACAGGCUCGACCGCAGCGAUGCUAACAAGUUCCUCAAGGCUGUGUCGCUAGAGAAAGGAAUGGCAGUGCACUCGGCAGCAGCAAGGCUCGGGUAUAUGACGGCAGCAGACAUUUUCCUGAUGAGCUGCUUGGUGGAUUUCUAUGCAAAGUGUGGAACCAUGGUGGAUUCGCAACGAGUUUUUGACAGCAUGAGCCGUCACGACGUUGUCUCGUGGACUGCUCUUGUCUGGGGGUAUGCACACAACGGGCAGGAGGAGAUCGCUUUGGAAGUUUACGCUCGGGUCCAACAACAGGGCUGUGCUUCAAACUCCCAGACGUUCGUGGCUGCUCUCAAGGCCGUCGUCUGUCUCGCGGAGGCUGAAGUUGGCAAAGAGAUCGACGGGAAAGUCGUCAAGGUGACGGCUUUGGAGAAAGGAAUGGCGAUUCACUCCCAGGCAGCGAGCAGCGGCAAGCAGCAUCACACGGAAACUUUCGUAGCGAACAGCCUGAUCGACAUGUACUCCAAGUGUGGAAGCAUGGUGGACGCUCUGAGGAGUUUGGAGGCGAUGGCUUCUCCUCCGGAUAUAAUCUCGUGGACAGCUCUGAUCCUCGGCUAUGCCGACGCUGGAGAAGGCAACCGAGCUCUUGAGAUCUUUGCUCGAAUGCAAAGUCAAGGUUGCCGUCCAAACGCUCAUACAUUCGUGGCAGCCCUCAAGGCGUGUGGCAGCAUCUCGGCUGUAGGAACUGGAAGAGUGAUCCACGGAGAAAUCUGCAAGUUCGGCCUGGAAACAACACUCACUGCUGGGAACAGUCUGGUCGACUUCUACGGGAAGUCCGGAAGCAUGGUCCGAGCUCGCCAAGUUUUCGACUGCAUUCCAGCGCUCGACGUUGCGAGUUGGACGUCGCUCAUGGCCGGAUACUGUCACCAAGGCGAAGCAAUGGCAGUUCUCGACCUCUUCGUUGGGAUGGUCGACCAAGGCGUGAAUCCAAACGAGAUAACUCUAGUGACAGUUCUCACGGCUUGCAGCCACGCCGGGCUCGUCCACAGAGGCAAGCGCUACUUCUCCGACAUGAAAGAGAGAUUUGGUCUCACUCCCAGGAUUGAUCACUACCACUGCCUCAUCGAUCUCCUGGGACGAGCAAACUUGCUGGAAGAAGCACUCAAGGUCGCGAAGACGAUGCCAAUGGAGGCUACUUCAGUGACAUGGACGAUCGUGUUGGUCGCGUGUGAGAAGUGGAAGAACAUAGAAGUUGCGAAGAUUGCAUUUGAGGCACUGGUGGUUUUGGACGAGAACCAGGCGGGAGCUUACGUCCUCAUGGCCAAUGUCUAUCGCCAACUUCGACCAUUUGUAGUUUCAUCUGGAGAAAACAAAACGAUCAAGCUGUGAAAGCUCGGACUCGCGACCUUCAAGCUCAUAAGACCAACACUCUGACCAGCUGAGCUAAGGGAGCUUGACAUUAAUCAAGCUUAUCUGAUACAGAGAGUUCACACCGGGUCCACAGAGGCAAGCGCUACUUCUCGGACAUGGAAGGGAGAUUUGGUCUCGCUCCCAGGAUUGAUCACUACCACUGCCUCAUCGAUCUCCUGGGACGAGCAGAAGAAGCCCUCAAGGUCGCGAAAACAAUGCCAAUGGAGGCUACUGCAGUGACAUGGAGGAAGAAGUGAAAGAACAUAGAUUGUGUUUGAGGCGUUUGCAGAGGUAAGAGAAGCUUUUAGAUUGUGCUGGUUUUGAUAUGUGGAUUUGCCAACAGGCAUCUGAGUGAUUCCAAACUGGAGAUCAUUUCGGAGCAGCUCAUGCUCCGUACAAGAAUUUCACAACUAAACCAUUGAAGCUUUAGGAUGGUCAACAUGAGGGAAUUUAAGGAAUUUAACUUGCCCUGGAACAAGAUGCGGUCAGCAUAGGAUAGUUCAGGUUGAACAACUUCUUGAAAUCCGGCUGCAUGUGUCUGGACACAUCAUCUGCUCGUAGUGAAAUUGCACCUAAAUGCCGAGCAAUGUCUGGAGAGUCCAGAGAUCAGGCUUGCAUGUUAAACUGCCGUACGCCCAGACAUGCACAGUGAGCGCCUCAAAUGUGCAGUCCCUGUGAUCGUAUAGCUUUUCGAAGCCUUGCGAUUGUACACAAACAAAGUUUUAGAAAUACAAAACGAAAGCAAUCAAACUUA